AUGAACAAUUAGAGGAAAAUUAUGCAGGACCUUCAAAUACAAAAUUUUCCUCACAUGAUUAUGUACGAAAAAAUGCUAAAAAAAAUCUCAAACUUUAUACCGCUAGUAUGAAAGAAAUAAUGACACGAUCUUCUAAAAUUAAUAAAUAUAAAAUUGGAGAAUUAGUAAAAAUAAAGAUUCCAAAAGAAGAUAAAGGAAAAACUGAUAGAACUCAUUUACCUUGUAAAAUAUUUAAUUCUAGUGGAAAUGAUAAAAAAGCUGUAAGAUUACAAUCUACUAUACAAAAUGAAUCACAAAUACAUUUGCAAGUUGUUGAAAAUAGUUUUGAAAUAACUUGUAAAUGUCCUAAAACAACUUGUGAUACUUUACGUUAUCUAUGUAAAAAGUUAAACAGAAAAUGUAAUUUAUCUUGUCAUCUAGAAAAAGAAU